CUCCUUUCUGACAUGCCCUGAUGCAUCCAACACAUGUGUUAGUGUUAAGACGCUCGCUGCAAUCAGAGCAUUUUACAUUCAGUUUCCCAGUCUACAAGAGCAAGCAAAUCAUGCACUCAGAAAUCUUCAGAGACCUGUCAGCAAUCUGCUGCUAAUUUCUGUAUCCAAGCUGGUGAAUGCCUUUCAAGGCUUAAAAACCUGUGAAAGAGCAAAGCAUUUUUAUUUACCUUAAGGAAUACGGUUUAGCUUAAGACAGACAGGGUUAACGUUCAUUUAUUUGAAGGAAUAAUAGUCUUUUGUGUCGGGGAAACACCCAGUUCUUUCUCCUUAAGGAAAGCAGAGUGUGCGAGCAUGGGCAAUUUCUGACGGUGCCACUGGAUUUAAAGCUGGGUCUGACCGUCAGUUUCAAUUCUUCACUUGGCUGUGAAACGUCGGGAGACAGACUUUGGUUUCUGAUAUUGUGCAUUCCCAUUUUCGCUUUGGAUGUUGGAUUAUAUAGGAUCAGUUAGACCUUUCUGCACAUAACACCAAUAAAAUGAGUGAGGAACCCAAGGAGAAAACUGUAAAGUCUGGACAUAAGAAAAAGAAAGGAAAAAAGACUGACACCAAUGCAAGUUACUUAAGAGCUGCCCGUUCCGGCAACCUAGAAAAAGCCCUCGACUAUCUGAAAAAUGGAGUUGACAUCAACGUUUGCAAUCAGAAUGGAUUGAACGCUCUACAUCUGGCUUCCAAAGAAGGACACAUAGAAAUUGUCUCAGAGCUGAUACAGCGAGGAGCAGAUGUAGAUGCAUCAACAAAGAAAGGUAACACAGCCCUCCACAUAGCGUCUUUGGCUGGACAAGCAGAAGUGGUGAAGGUGUUGGUUACAAAUGGUGCCAAUGUUAAUGCACAAUCCCAGAAUGGCUUCACUCCCUUGUACAUGGCAGCGCAAGAAAAUCACUUGGAAGUGGUUACUUUUCUACUGGAUAACGGAGCAAGCCAGAGCCUUGCCACAGAGGAUGGGUUUACACCUCUGGCAGUAGCCCUUCAGCAAGGCCAUGAUCAGGUGGUCUCUCUCCUCCUUGAAAAUGACACUAAAGGAAAAGUACGACUUCCGGCGCUACAUAUUGCCGCCCGAAAGGACGACACAAAAGCCGCGGCACUUCUUUUGCAGAAUGACCAUAACGCUGACAUAGAGUCAAAGAGUGGCUUCACUCCACUCCACAUAGCUGCCCAUUACGGAAACAUCAACGUGGCUACGCUGUUGCUGAAUCGUGGUGCUGCGGUGGACUUCACUGCCAGAAAUGACAUCACACCCUUACAUGUGGCGUCCAAGAGAGGAAAUACCAAUAUGGUUAAACUUCUGUUGGAUCGCGGAUCUAAAAUUGAUGCCAAGACAAGGGACGGGCUGACGCCUCUUCACUGUGGAGCACGUAGUGGCCACGAGCAAGUUGUUGAGAUGUUGCUGGAUCGAGGAGCUCCUAUUCUAUCCAAGACCAAGAAUGGCCUGUCUCCGUUGCACAUGGCAACUCAAGGAGACCAUUUGAACUGCGUCCAACUCCUUCUCCAGCAUAACGUGCCUGUCGAUGAUGUCACCAAUGACUAUUUAACCGCUCUGCAUGUUGCCGCACACUGUGGACACUACAAGGUUGCAAAAGUUUUGUUGGAUAAGAAGGCAAAUCCUAAUGCCAAAGCACUGAAUGGUUUCACACCUCUUCACAUCGCCUGCAAGAAGAACCGAAAUAAAGUGAUGGAGCUCCUUCUGAAACACGGGGCCUCUAUCCAAGCGGUGACUGAGUCUGGCCUGACUCCAAUCCAUGUGGCUGCGUUCAUGGGACAUGUCAGUAUAGUUUCUCAAUUAACUCACCACGACGCAUCACCAAACACCACCAAUGUUAGAGGAGAGACUGCUUUACAUAUGGCUGCAAGAGCUGGUCAGUCCGAGGUUGUCCGAUACCUUUUACAGAAUGGGGCGCAAGUAGAAGCUAAAGCUAAGGAUAACCAAACACCACUGCACAUAGCCUCCCGCCUGGGGAAAGUUGACAUUGUUCAGCAGCUUCUCAAACAUGGGGCAAGUCCAGAUGCUGCCACCACUUCUGGUUAUACUCCAUUGCACCUGUCUGCCAGAGAGGGACAUGAUGAUAUAGUAUCUGUUCUCUUAGAACAUGGAGCUUCCUAUGCAAUCGUUACAAAGAAAGGAUUUACUCCUCUGCAUGUUGCUGCCAAGUAUGGAAAGAUCGAAGUGGCUAACCUACUCCUACAAAAAAGUGCUUCUCCAGAUGCGGCUGGAAAGAGUGGAUUAACUCCACUGCAUGUAGCCGCACACUACGAUAACCAGAAAGUGGCCCUACUGCUGUUGGAUCAAGGAGCUUCACCACACGGAGCAGCAAAGAAUGGCUACACGCCUUUACAUAUUGCGGCAAAGAAAAACCAGAUGGACAUUGCCACCACGCUUCUAGAGUACGGUGCCGAUGCCAAUGCAAUGACCAAGCAAGGAAUCGCCCCGGUACAUCUUGCAGCACAAGAGGGAAACGUGGACUUGGUAUCUCUGCUCCUCACCCGAAAUGCCAACGUUGGUGUCAGUAACAAGAGUGGACUGACGCCUCUUCACCUGGCAGCACAGGAAGACCGAGUGAGCGUGGCAGAGGUUCUGUCUAACCACGGGGCAGUUAUAGAUGCCCCAACAAAGAUGGGUUAUACCCCAUUACAUGUUGCAAGCCAUUAUGGAAAUGUAAAAAUGGUGAAUUUCCUGCUACAGCAUGGAGCUAAAGUGAACGCCAAAACCAAGAAUGGAUAUACACCUCUGCAUCAGGCAGCCCAGCAGGGACAUACUCAUAUCAUUAACGUUCUGCUCCACCAUGGUGCAUCUCCGAAUGAAGUCACUGUGAACGGUAACACAGCCUUGGCUAUUGCUCGGCGACUGGGCUAUAUUUCUGUGGUGGACACUCUGAAGGUGGUGACCGAAGAGACCUUGACUACAGUUAUGGUAACUGAGAAACACAAAAUGAAUGUGCCGGAAACAAUGAAUGAAGUUUUGGACAUGUCUGAUGAUGAAGUUCGUAGAGCAAAUUUGCCAGAAAUUCUCAGUGAUGCUGAGUAUAUGUCAGAAGGUGAUGAAGGUGAAGAUGCAAUGACUGGAGAUACAGAUAAAUAUCUCGGACCGCAGGACCUGAAAGAACUAGGAGAUGAUUCCUUGCCCCAAGAAGGAUAUAUGGGUUUCAGUAUUGGAGCAAGAUCUGCCAGCCUCCGCUCCUUCAGUUCGGAUAGGUCCUACACACUGAAUAGAAGUUCCUUUGCUCGGGACAGUAUGAUGAUUGAAGAGCUCCUUGCACCUUCAAAGGAUCAGCACCAGUCAUUCACAAGAGAAUUUGAUUCAGAUUCUCUAAGACACUAUAGCUGGGCUGCAGACACUUUGGACAAUGUGAAUCUGGUCUCAAGUCCAGUGCAUUCUGGCUAUUUCUCUUCACUUCCGCUGUAUGAUUUAAGUUUCCUGGUUAGCUUUAUGGUAGAUGCACGUGGAGGAUCAAUGAGAGGAAGUCGACAUAACGGGAUGCGCAUCAUUAUCCCACCGCGUAAAUGUACAGCACCUACCCGUAUAACCUGUCGUCUGGUCAAGAGGCACAAAUUGGCGACACCUCCACCAAUGGUUGAAGGAGAGGGACUAGCCAGUAGGUUGGUCGAAAUGGGCCCAGCUGGUGCACAGUUUUUGGGACCUGUAAUAGUGGAGAUUCCCCACUUUGGAUCCAUGCGGAGUAAAGAAAGGGAAUUGAUUGUAUUAAGGAGCGAAAAUGGGGAAUCCUGGAAAGAGCAUUCGUAUGAUUGCAGACUUGAAGAACUCAAUGAGUUGGUCCAUGGUAUGGAUGAAGAGCUAGACACUGCAGAAGAGCUGGAAAAAAAGCGAGUCUGUAGAAUUGUUACAAAGGACUUUCCUCAAUAUUUUGCUGUUGUUUCACGGAUUAAGCAAGAAAGCAACCAAAUAGGGCCUGAGGGAGGGGUACUUAAAAGUACCACCGUACCCCUCGUACAAGCGUCCUUCCCAGAAGGGGCAUUGACCAAAAGAAUUCGGGUAGGACUACAGGCACAGCCGGUACCUGAUGAACUAGCCAAAAAAGUUAUUGGAAACAGAGCAACUUUCAGCCCAAUUGUCACUGUGGAGCCAAGGCGAAGGAAAUUUCACAAGCCGAUCACCAUGACGAUUCCAGUGCCACCUCCAUCAGGAGAAGGGGUCAGCAAUGGUUACAAAGGGGACACAACACCCAGCCUGAGACUCUUGUGCAGUAUUACAGGCGGGACAUCCCCGGCUCAGUGGGAGGAUAUCACAGGAACGACACCUUUGACAUUUGUGAAUGACUGUGUUUCUUUUACAACCAAUGUCUCAGCCAGGUUUUGGCUUGGCGACUGCCAUCAGAUUCCGGAGACAGUUAGUUUGGCAACCCAGCUCUACAGAGAACUAAUUUGUGUUCCAUACAUGGCCAAGUUUGUGGUUUUUGCCAAAAUGAAUGACCCAGUUGAGGCCAAAUUGCGCUGCUUCUGUAUGACUGAUGACAAAGUGGACAAGACAUUGGAGCAGCAGGAGAACUUCGAAGAGGUGGCAAGGAGUAAAGACAUAGAGGUUCUAGAAGGAAAGCCUAUCCAUGUUGACUGUUAUGGAAAUCUAGCUCCUCUGACAAAAGGAGGACAGCAGCUGAUAUUUAAUUUCUACGCAUUUAAGGAAAACAGACUGCCAUUUUCUGUGAAGGUCCGUGACCCAAGCCAAGAACCUUGUGGCCGACUUUCGUUUCUGAAAGAGCCGAAAACAACAAAAGGCUUGCCACAAACUGCUGUGUGCAACUUAAAUAUUACCCUUCCAACUCAGAAAAAGGAAACAGAGUCAGACCAAGAUGAUGAGACAGAGAAAGUGGAUCGACGCCAGAACUUUGUGUCACUAGCCUUGCGUAAGCGAUACAGCUAUCUGACUGAGCCUGGAAUGAAACCAGUUGAUCGGAGCGCAGGACCAACAAGACCAGUACCUGCUACUUAUUCAUACAAGCCAGGCAUUCCAACAAGACCAUACCAGUCCUGGACCACUGCUCCAAUCACAGUGCCCGGACAAACUAAAUCAGGCUUUACUUCUCUGUCAAGCUCCUCCUCUAAUACCCCAUCAGCAUCCCCAUUAAAAUCAAUUUGGUCGGUCUCCUCUGCUUCUCCGAUAAAAUCCACACUAGGAGCUUCUACUACAUCGUCUGUUAAAUCUGUCAGUGAUGUAGCAUCUCCAAUUAGAUCAUUUCGGACAGUAUCAUCUCCAAUAAAAACUGUUGUGACGCAGAGUCCAUAUACAAUUCAAGGCUCCACUGGUUCUCCAAUUAGAGCGCCUACAUUAGCUGAUACUUCAGCCUUCAAAGGGCUUUCAGCAGCCUCUGUUUUUUCCUCCAGGACUUCUCCGGUUUCCACUGCUGGGUCCCUCUUAGAAAGAUCAUCCAUUACAAUGACACCUCCAGCAUCCCCUAAGUCAAAUAUUAAUAUGUAUUCUUCAACUCUACCAUUUAAAUCACUCAUUACAUCUGCAGGGUCACUUUCAUCUUCACCUCUAAAGUCCGUAGUUUCGCCUGCUGUUGCUUCUUCAAAAAUAACUCCGGUGCCUUCCUUGUCUUCUCCUUUAAAACUUGGAAAUGUGCCCAGCGAAGUUGGUUUGGUAAAUGGGUCUGUGUCACCUUUAAAGUACUCACUCUGCUCAAAUUAUAUUAAUGGAUCUGCAGUCAAUUUGCAAGAUAAAAUAUCCACAGUUACAAAAUCUGUUACGUCAACUGUUAAUACUGCUCUGGAAACAGCAGAGAAAAAUUAUACUGAUCCCACUGCAACUCAAACAUCCUAUUCACCUCUCAGGUCAUUCCCAUCAACAUCUUCAGCUUUUCAAACUAUUCGAGGUCCUGCAGCUUGUUCAGUCUACACAACCUUUAGAUCUACGCUGUCCUCUACUACCUCGUCUGUGACGUCUCAAACAAUAACUGUGCCGGUGUAUUCUGUAGUUAAUGUGUUAUCCGAGCCAACUAUAAAAAAACUCUCAGAGUCUGCUUCUCUGACAAAGUCGGCAGCCGCCCUGUUAUCACCUUCAAAAGUUUUAGCGACAGACACACCUACCCAGUUCAGCCGGAUUUCCUCUCCUGUAAAAACACCUUUAUUUCUGUCAACUGCGGCUCUAAAAUUAGCCACAACAUCACCAUUAUCUUCCAGUCAGGAGAUACUGAAGGAUGUUGCAGACAUGAAAGAAGAUUUAAUGAGAAUGACAGCAAUUUUACAGACUGACACAUCAGAGGACAAAUCAUUUCCCAAUGAAUUGAUUAAAGAAGUCAGAAUUGAGGAUGAAGAACCUUUUAAAAUUGUUGAAAAGGUGAAAGAGGACUUAGUAAAAGUAAGCGAAAUUUUAAAAAAAGAUGGCUUCAUGGAAGGUAAAUGUUCAGGUGAUCAGGAUCACUCAUCAGAUGAGGACUGGGUAGAAUUUAGUAAUGAGGAGCUUGAAGAAGCAAGACAGCGUGCCAGUAUGGGCAUACCAACUUAUGCACCUGAGAGAGUAGAGAUAAGAAAUAGAACUAUGUCUGAAAAAGACUAUAAUUUGACCAAAGUGAUUGAUUAUUUGACAAAUGACAUUGGGGGGAAUACAUUUUCUAACUUAAAAUACAAAUAUGAUGAUGGGAAAAAAGAAGGGGAGGAAAGACAAAAAAGAGUUUUGAAACCAGCAAUAAAUCUGCAGGACCAUAAGCUUAAAAUGCCCCCCUCUUCAAUGAGAUCUUCAGCUUCAGAAAAGGAAUUAUGUAAAAUGUCAGAUUCCAUUUUUGGAACAGAAAUGAUUUUAGAGUCUCCUGAUGAUUUUUCACAGCAUGAGCAAGACAAAAGUCCUUUGUCAGACAGCGGGUUUGAAACAAGAAGUGAAAAGACUCCAUCAGCCCCACAGAGUGCAGAAAGCACGGGUCCUAAGCCUCUUUUCCAUGAUGUUCCCAUCCCACCAGUUAUAACAGAAACACGAACAGAAGUAGUCCAUGUUAUCAGGAGCUACGAGUCUUCCAAUGGGGACCUUCCUGAAUCAGAAAAAAGUGAUACACCGCCCUCGGAGCCCACCUUUAUAGAGCUUGAACAAAGUCCUACUGGGUCAUUAAAAGUAAAAAAUAAAGCAUUCCAGAUAAAGGCUGGGAAUGAAGAAGAUGACCACAAAUGUGUUAUUGGCAAAGGUGUAUGUGUUAAAGAAGAAACCCAUAUUACAACUACAACUAGAAUGGUUUAUCAUACACCCCCAUGUGGUGAGACCAAGUCAGAAAGAAUUGAGGAAACAAUGUCUGUUCAUGAUAUAAUGAAAGCUUUCCAGUCAGGCCGUGACCCGUCUAAAGAGCUUGCAGGUCUUUUUGAGCACAAACCGUCAAAAGCGUCAGAUGUUCAGAAGUGCACAGACACAUCACAGCAACACUCUGAGAGAGACACCAAAAUGAAACCAAAACUGGAACGCAUAAUUGAGGUGCAUAUUGAAAAAGGUAACCAAGCUGAACCUACUGAAGUCAUUAUUAGGGAAACCAAAAAGCACCCAGAAAAAGAAAUGUAUGUGUACCAAAGAGACAUAAGUCAGGGAGAUUUUAACAUCAAAGGUACAGUGACAGAAAGAAAUAACUUUUUUACAUGUUCAGAUGAUCAAGUGCAGGCAGAAGAAGAGGAGCUCACAGCUGAAGAGUCUCUACCAUCUUACCUAGAAUCUUCAAGGGUAAACACUCCAGUAUCUCAGGAAGAAGAUAGUCGUCCAAGUUCAGCCCAACUUCUAUCAGACGAAUCAUAUAAAACACUUAAAUUAUUAAGUCAGCAGUCGGUAGAGUACCAUGAUGAUGAGCUUUCAGAACUACGAGGGGAAUCUUACCGAUUUGCUGAAAAAAUGCUCCUUUCUGAAAAACUUGACAUGUCGCAUUCUGAUACAGAUGACUCAAUAACAGAUCAUGCUUUGCUCCUUGGCUCAGACUUACAGCGGCAUGACAAACAAGGCAGAGGAAAAAUGAUCAUUACUCCUAAAAAAGAAAUCCUUUCAAAAUUGUACAAAGAUGUUUCCGAGAAUGGUAUAGGUAAAUUAUCAAGCGAUGAUUCUUUUGAUAAAGUUACAGUGUUGCACUAUGCUGGAGAUCCCAAAAGCCCCAAACAUGCUAUGUGGAUGCGCUUCACUGAGGACAGGCUAGAUAGAGGUAGAGAAAAGUUGUUGUAUGAAGACAGGGUCGACAGGACUGUUAAAGAGGCAGAGGAAAAAUUGACUGAGGUAUCACAAUUCUUUCGGGACAAAACUGAAAAACUUAAUGAUGAAUUACAAUCUCCAGAAAAAAAGCCCCAUAAAAUGAAAGGUAAAGAAUUUGCUUCUGGUCAUAGUUCUACUAACAGUAGCCCAGAAAAAGUACUGGUUACCGAUCUGAGGACAUCCAGUGAGGACUGGACUAAAAUGCAUCAAAUUACUCAUGAUGGAAAAUCCAUUGCCAGGGUCGAUGAAAGGAAAGCCACCAGUUUGCCAUGUAGUCCUGAGAAAAGGCUGUUCGAACAAAAGGCAGAUGAGGCUAAAUCAGGCUCACAAUCUGGUUUUCAAUUAAAACAAUCAAAGCUCAGCUCUAUAAAACUAAAAUUUGAGCAAAGCAUAAAUUUGAAAAGUAAAGACAAUGUUCAAGAUGAAAAAAAACAAAACAGCCCAUCUAAAAUUCCAGUUAAAAAACUACAGGAUAGCCGACUGCCAUUUUUUCAAUUUCAGACAAGGGAAAAGCAACAAAAAGCCACAGAUGAAACCAAUGGAGAAAUAAAUCUGCUCAAGGAUUCUAUCACUGAGGCAAUUAAUGAAGAAUGUUCCAAAUUCAAAGAAUUCAUUAAAAGCAAUGGUGGAUUCAUAGAUAACAAAGUUGAAAAGACAAGUGUAGGACAGAAAGACCACUUGUCUGAUGCACAAAUUCAGAUAUCUGAUGUAAGUUCAGCAGUAUCCUCAUUGUCAACAGACAAAAAGAUUUACAGAACAUGGGAGAUGUCCGGACAGAACAAAACACAUAAGGAAACGCUUUCACAUGUUGUUAUACAAGAUAAGGAGAUGGUUAACAGUGGUUCUCAUUUUCCAGUUGAUGAGACUGAAAACGAGCAAGCUGCUUCCAGAAAUGGUUUAUGCUCAAGAGAGUUUAAAGAUAGCUGUGUUAAAUCUCCUUCAAAAAAAGUUCUAUAUACUGAACUUGCUUGGAAAGAAGGAGGAUACACAAGUGAUGCUCAAAAACAGGAAUUGGUAAAUUCUUCACACAUUCCUGUCCGAGUUACCGAAGACAGGAGAACAUUUCUCGGUGCUGAUGGUCCUAAUAGCCAAUCAAAACUGCAAUCUGACUUGACAAAACCAACAACGUCAACAAUCCUUAAACCUGACAUACUGCAUUCAGCUUUCGUGGCAGGUGAAAACAAUAGGCGUUCCGAUGUAAAACUCCAUCAGGCUCAGUGUUACUUAGGGUUAUCUCCUAAUGAGGAUUCAGAGGUAUCUCCUGUUAAGUCCCCUGAUUCUUUAGAAUGUAGUCCUGUUAAAGAAUGUUCAUCUGGGACACAUGAUCGUGUUGAAAUAGGUAGAAACUAUUCAAUAGCCAGAACAGAAGUUUUAAAAGAAAUCAAAACUUUACCAGUUUAUGUCAGCAUUGUGCAAGUAGGAAAGCAAUAUGAAAGAGAGGAGCAGCAGGGAGGCAUUAAAAAUGUUAGUCAGGAGAGUAGAACAAUAGAAGAGACAAAAGGGACUCUUUUUACUGUUAAACCACAGAAACAGCCACCAUCCCCCCAAGGCAGCCCAGAAGAUGAUACCCUGGAGCAAGUAUCAUUUAUAGAUAGUUCAGGCAAAAGUCCUUUAACCCCAGAAACCCCUAGUUCAGAGGAAGUGAGCUAUGAAUUUAACUCUAAAACCCCAGACUCGCUCAUGGCAUACAUACCAGGAAAGCCAAGUCCUAUACCUGAGGUAUCAGAGGAAUCAGAUGAGGAAGAAAUAGUCAGAUUACCUUCUGUUACAGAUAUGCCGCAUAGUGAUAUUAUACAAUCUCUUAAUGUUAAUAAAGAUUUGACCAAAAGAUCAAAAGACAAUAGGGUGGCAUAUAUUGAAUUUCCACCUCCCCCUCCUUUAGACACGGAACAAAGUGAGACUAGAAAAAGGAAUCAGGACAAUUCCACUGACAGCGAAAUAGAAUUGACGGAGGUUAAUCUGCAAGAUGAUCAUGACAAACUUCUUUCAGCUGAACCUGUGAUACGGGUACAGCCACCUUCUCCUGUCCCCCCUGAGUUAGAUAUGAGUGAUUCAAGUGAUGAUGAAUCAGUUAUCCAACCUUUUGCAAUCAAGAAGUACACCUUUAAAAUAAAAGAUGAGGAGGUAAAGGAAUGCUCAAAAAUCAAUGAGGAUGGAAAACAAGCUCAUGAAUCUGGUUUGAAUUCACCACCUAAUGAUAUAGAACAAAAUGGUAACAACGAUCAAUCGAUCACAGAGUGCUCCAUAGCAACCACUGCAGAAUUCUCCCAUGAUACGGACGCCACUGAGAUUGAUUCUCUUGAUGGCUAUGAUUUGCAGGAUGAAGAUGAUGGACUAACAGAAGGAGAUCCUAAACUUAGCCACCUCCAAGAUGUGGAAAUAAAGAAGGAACCAUGGGGUAAAGAAGGUGUUCUAAAACAUAGCGAUCGUAGCUUUAGCCAAAGUAAGCUUGAAGUUAUCGAAGAGGAGGACAAAGUAGUAAUUGAGGAAUAUAAGCCAUGUAGAAAAAUCUCAGACGAAAAGAAGGGUGAUCAAGAUGAUAAAAAAUCAGGAGUACAUUUUUUUACUUUGGAAGGAAGGCACCCUGACCGAACAGUAUUUCCAGAUACAUACUUCAGUUAUAAAGUAGAUGAAGAAUUUGCAACUCCUUUUAAAACAGUGGCAACAAAAAGUUUAGACUUCGAUCCUUGGUCCAGUAAAGCUGGGGAUGAUGAUGUAUUUGAAACAAAAUCCAAGGAUGAAGAGCCAAAGCCUUUCAGUCUGGCUGUAGAGGAUAGAUCACAAGCAACCACUCCAGAUACAACUCCUGCCAGAACCCCUACAGAUGAAAGUACCCCAACAAGUGAGCCCAAUCCCUUCCCAUUUCAUGAAGGGAAGAUGUUUGAGAUGACACGCAGUGGUGCUAUUGACAUGAGCAAGCGGGAUUUUGUUGAAGAAAGACUCCAAUUUUUUCAGAUUGGUGAGCAUAAUUCUGAAGGGAAGUCAGGGGAGAAGGGGGAAGGGGACAAAAUUACCACCAUCACACUUCCACAGUCAGGGGACAUCUUGGUAGAACCCAUCCUAGGGAAUACAGUAGAGACCACGUCAGCUGAACAUACUACUAUCCAGACCAGUGGAGAUUGUCUUGAUGGAACAAAUGGUAAUAUAUCAUUGGAUAAGUCAUCAUCGAAUACUACCACUUCUAAAAUUGACCCUAAAUUGCGCACACCAAUAAAAAUGGGCAUAUCUGCCUCAACCAUGUCCACAAAGAAGGAUGGCACUGGUGAAGUGUCCGAUAAAUUAGAGACUUUGCCGAGUCCGCAGAGUUUAAAUAAUGAUAACAAAGCUGCAUUUACAAAUCUAUCCAGUAGUGAUAAUGUAACUAGUCACAUAGAAAUACAUGAUUUACAGGCUGAAAAUUAUAACAACAAUAAUAACUUAGAUUCUUUAAUUUUAAAUAUAAAUAAUAACGCAAUUAAUCUGGUACUUACUAAGGAAUGUGAAACCAAUCCUGUAAAAAAGGUCAGCAAAAUGACAGGUAGUACAGGUAAGGGAGUAGAAGUAUCUAAUCAGUAUAUUGAUAGGGAUAAGAGAAGAAUACACAGAGGUGACCAAAAACCAAUAGAGCCUGUAGGGAAUAGGCCAAGAUCCAAACUACCUAUUAAGGCAACACCAUCUAAAUCACUAAUUUCUAACCAGGUUAGUAGCACACGCACCUUGGUUACUAAAAAUAAAUUGCCAAGCAAGUGUGAGAUACAGACAAAACUUGAUAAUACAUCAAAUACAGAAGUAAAAUCUAAGAUUCCUGUAAAAAACAUCAACAGAUUGAAUCCACCAAUGCAAAAGAGAUGUAUACCAAAACAGAAACAGACAAAUACAGAGAAGGAAGCAGUUAAGCCAGCUCCUUCAAAAUUACCCGUAAAGGUAAGAUCUCCACCUAAUUCCACUCCAGCAGCCAAGACAAAGAAGUGUGAGUUUAGUGAGGUUUGUAAACAUUCUAUUGAAUAUUUUAAGGGAAUUAGUGGUGAGACAAUAAAGCUUGCGGAUCGUCUUUCUGAUGAAGAGAAGAAAAUGCAAACUGAGAUCUCUGAUGAUGAAGACAGUACCUCAAGGAACACAUCAUUAUCAGAAGUCACUCAAGUGUCCCAGCCUUCUGUUACUUCGAGGUCUGCUAAAGACAUGAAAGUAGACGCAGCAUCUUUAAAAUCAAAGAUUGAAAAGACCGACAGUGAGAGAAGGAGCAGUAGAAGGACUGGUCCUCAGAGUCCAUGCGAGCGCACUGACAUAAGGAUGGCAAUUGUUGCCGAUCAUUUGGGUCUUAGCUGGACAGAACUGGCCAGAGAAUUGAAUUUUUCUGUCGAUGAAAUUAAUCAAAUUCGUGUCGAGAAUCCAAAUUCUUUGACCACGCAAAGUUUUAUGUUGUUGAAAAAAUGGGUCGUAAGAGAUGGAAAAAAUGCGACAACUGAUGCCUUAACCAAUAUUCUGACAAAAAUUAACCGAAUAGAUAUUGUGACAUUGCUGGAAGGGCCGAUAUUUGAUUAUGGAAACAUUAGCGGCACCAGAAGUUUUGCAGAUGACAACAACCUUUUCCAUGACUCUGCUGUUGAUGGUUGGCAUAGUGAAGCUUCCAGCAUCAAUGUGGAACCACCAACUCCAGAUCGCAAAAUGAGUAGCGAACUAUUGGAACGAUUGGACGACAGCCAUGAGUCCAUUACCUCAUACCUUAAAGGAGAAGUUGGAAGGUUAGAGUCUAGUGUUAGUCCUUCCGAGUCAAUAACAGAGGGCAAGACAAGAUCUACUAUUCCCGAGGCUGAUAUAAAACUGAAUGAGAGACAAAAUAUAAAACCAAAAACCUUCCAGGGAACUAAUGGUAAAGGUGAGCAGACCUCACCAACAGUACAUCAGAAAUCCAUGGAGGCAACAAGCAAGACUGUAAUAGGAGAGCAUAGAAGCUCACUGCCUAUCAGUGCUAAAAGAGCAGGGCCUGAAGAAGGAAAAUGCAGAUCAAGCAUUCAUGUCGAGGAAGGAUCACCUUCAGAACAAAAGUCCUCUGGUAAAACAUGCCUAAAAUGCAUUUAUCAGGAUUCUAGUGACAGUGAAUAUGAGAGUGCAUCAAGCUCAGAUGAGGAACGAAGGGUGACUACAAAAGUUACUCGACGGCGGUUAAUAUUAAAGGGAGAGCGAGCAAAAAACAUUCCCGGGGAAUCUGUUACAGAAGAACAGUAUACAGACGAAGAAGGAAAUAUCAUCACAAGAAAAGUAACUCGGAAAGUCGUGAGACGCGUUGUGGUUCCACAAGAGAAAAAAGUUGGUGGAACAGUUACGGUUGGGACUGAAGGACACAAAGUGAAAACAAAGAAAGAAGUCCGGCAUAUUGAGAAGAAAAGUUAUUCAUAAUGGCAUGUUGUAUAAGGAUCAAGUACAGUUAUUACUAAAAGAGGAAGAAGAAUGUGAAUUCAUGAAAAAUCACAAAAAUAUAUAAAUAAAAGUGUGUGUUUGCUUUUUCCACACAUUAACGCAUGGGUUUUUAUGUUAAAAAAAAUCCUUUUAAGUUAGCAUGAGGCAAUUUUACAAAGCAUGGGAGAUCACCUUCAUUUUGGACGGUGUUAAGGAGUGAGGAGUUUACGAUGCAGUGUAUAUAUAAAACACCGUGCUGUUAAAGGCAUCUCUACUGGCUUGGAAAAUCAGGACGAUAACAUUGGUUGGACAGUCAUCUCUAAAUAAGCAACAUCUCGCCUUAUUUUUCUUUAACCCUAAUUUUUAGGGUAAAAAAAAUACUCUUGAUUUUUUUUUUUUUAAUCAUCAAGGAUUUGCUGUAAAUAAAUAAAACCUGUAAAAAAAAAAUUCUGACAAACUAGAUUUCAUGUUAAUAACGCACCGCCUGGUAACUAUUUACAAACAAGAUAUAACGCUCAUUCAUAUAACUGUAUAGGUGUCUUCAACUAGGGGAUAAUGCUGGGGUCUCCACAAAAUCUUGUAUUAUAUCAAUUCAAAUGUUUGUAUAUGGAAAUAAUAAAAAAAAAAGGACAAAAAAAAAGGAAAAAAGCCAACGGCUUUUACACAAAUUUCUUUAAAUUUACUGCAGAUAAUACGAGACACUCACCAUCUGCAGUUCUGUGGAAACAAAAUAUCAUUUUCUUCAGAUUAAUAAUAUUUUGGUGCAUGCGUCUCACCUUAUUUUAAUAAAAAAUUUCAACUUUGCAAAAGCUACACUGAAACACAAAAAAAAAAAAAGAACAAACGUCAACAAAAAAAAAUACAAUAUUUUAGCUAUUUACACAGCCCUUUAACCAGUACUGUUGCCGUUGCCAACUUUCAUUGAAACAUCUUUGGAAACUAAUGACAUAUCCUGCGUUACCGCAUAGAAUUCUAGGCACUUGCUGUACUUGCUUUUACGAGGGUAGGGUAAUAAGUACGUAAGGCUUCGCACAUGGCUUGGUGCUUCCACGAGCACAGCAAACCGGACAGAAAUAAUUAGGUAUUAGAAAGGCAGCACUAUGUGAGUUCUUACUGUAUUGUGUACUGGCUUUCAGAUGUAGUAUCUUUUCAGUAAGCCAAUCAUCUGUAAUCAUUCUAGCAGUGUAAUAUUAGGUUGUUAAUGCUGCUGUGUUUUAAAAGGGCAUUUUUAUUUGGGUUUUGGUGAAAUCUUUUUCAUUUGUUGAUUAUAUUCAUAUGAAGAACAGCAUUCAUUGAUAAUAGCUCUAAUAACAAUGUAUGAAAUCAACAAACACUGGAUGAUCUAGUUGAUUAAACAAAAAAAUAAAUUGUGUUUAAAACAA